AAGCCAAACACAACCUUACCCCCUAUCCGGCCACCAAGCAUCCACGUCACCGUACGGAUCCUGAACCCACGUGUCAUCUUCUCAACUGCUAAACAACAACCAACUCCCUCUCAACUCAAAAUUGAAAACUCCAAGAAAAGAAAAAACAAAAUUAAAUCGAAAGCCAUGAUCCACAAUUUGAACACAAUUACACGUCGACCCACAUCAGCAAACCCUCUUCUCUCUGCAACAAAGCAAUCACUCAAUUCCAUAUUUUCUCGCAGAAUUACAAUGCACUCCUCUUCCAACGCUGCCAGAGCUUCACAGAUAGUCCACCACGUCCCGGGCUCCGGGUCGCCGGAUGAAACGGGUCGGAUCGCCGACCAGACAUUCACCAGGUACAGCACCACUUCCGACCGGAAAGGCAAAGGGGUUGCGAUUGUUUGGUUCAGAAACGAUCUGAGAAUCCUGGACAACGAGGUUUUGUUCAAGGCCUGGGUUUCGUCCGAGGUUGUCUUGCCCGUUUACUGUAUCGAUCCUAGACUCUUCGGCGCCACCCAUUUCUUCGGCUUCCCCAAAACUGGAGCUCUGAGAGCACAGUUUCUUACAGAGUGUUUGGCAGACUUAAAAACAAAUUUGAUGAAAAGGGGUCUCAACCUCUUAAUCCAGCGUGGCAAACCCGAGCAAAUUCUCCCUUCUCUUGCUAAAACAUAUGGGGCCCACACUGUUUACGUGCAGAAAGAAACGUGCAGCGAGGAGAUAAACGUCGAGAGACGUGUUUCCCAGAAUUUGCAGAAAGAGUUCGUAGUAUCUACAAAACUAGAAUUGAUAUGGGGUUGUACUAUGUACCAUGUCGAUGACCUCCCGUUCGAUUGUACGUCGUUACCAGAUGUUUAUACUCAGUUUCGUAAGUCGGUCGAGUCGAAAUCUGUUGUAAGGAGAUGUAUUAGGGUUCCGCCGUCACUUGGUCCGUCGCCGAAUGUUGAAGAUUGGGGAUGCGUUCCGGAAACUUCUUCGCUUGGGGUCGAGCCUAUAAAGGUUGUAAAAGGAAUGGCAUUUGCAGGGGGUGAAAGUGCGGCGUUGAGUAGAGUGCACGAGUAUUUCUGGAAGAAGGAUCUCAUUAGGACAUAUAAAGUGACACGUAAUGGAAUGUUGGGGUCCGAUUAUUCGACAAAAUUUUCUCCUUGGCUCGCCUCCGGAAGCCUUUCGCCUCGUUUCAUUUACGAAGAGGUGAAGAGAUAUGAAAAACAAAGAGAAGCAAAUGAUUCAACAUACUGGGUGUUAUUUGAGCUUAUAUGGAGGGACUACUUCCGAUUUCUAUCGAUCAAGCAAGGGAACUCUCUUUUUCAUGCAGGUGGCCCUCGGAAAGUACAGACUAAUUGGAGCCAAAAUCGAGCACUUUUUGAUGCAUGGAAAGAUGGUCGGACCGGGUACCCUUUAAUCGAUGCGAAUAUGAAAGAAUUAUCGAGUACGGGAUUCAUGUCGAACCGUGGGCGACAAAUUGUGUGUUCGUUUCUUGUUCGAGAUAUGGGCAUUGACUGGAGAAUGGGAGCCGAAUGGUUCGAGACGUGUCUUCUGGACUACGAUCCUUGUUCUAAUUACGGUAAUUGGACUUACGGAGCAGGUGUUGGGAAUGACCCGAGAGAGGAUCGUUAUUUCAGCAUACCAAAGCAAGCUCAAAACUACGAUCCCGAAGGCGAAUACGUGGCGUAUUGGUUGCCUCAGCUACGAGCAUUGCCUAAAGAGAAGAGACAUAAUCCUGGAAUGAUGCUGUACAUAAAGACGAUCGUACCCCUCAAAUUUGGAAACACGAAACCGACGAGUAACAGAACGCGAGACGACAGAUGGAAGACCAAUACAGGGAGAUAGCGAAAUACCGGUUUUGUUUAAUUUAAUCGAUUUCGCCGAGACGAACAUGAUUUAAUACUUUCUGAAUUUAUUUAAUUAUUUAUUUAUUU